AUGGAUUGGUUUACUGAUAUCAAUACAAUAAGCAAAAUUGGACAACGUAUAACAACAUUUUUUACAUAUCUUCAAUCAAAUUGCUCUCAAGCUGCAACAGAAUUUCCUUAUAUUCAAUUCAAUGAAGCUCUUCAUCAACGCUUCUGUGAUAUUUUAAUAUGUGAUAAAAAUUCUUCUGAGCAUGGUAUUAGAUUUCGUCCAUUAGCUGGUAACAGUAUCUUUUGGUUUAAUGUUAAUGAACUAGGACUAGGUGAUCAGUUAACAUAUCAUGCAGGUCGUCCACCCAUCAUUGAAAAUGGUUACAAAAUUGGAUUGAAUACUUGGACACAUAAUAAAAAAUUUCAUGUGAAUUGA